AUGAAUAAUCCCAUUAAUAAUUUCAUUCCAGACAUCAUAGCAGAGGUGCACGAUCAAUAUUUAGACAAUUUUGUAGAAAGUGGAAGGAUCAAUAUUAUGAAAUCAGAUAGAAGAUUUCUAUUGGUGAAAAAUAAAUUAGGAUUUAUAUUUCCUAUAAUAGCCAAGGUGAGAUUGGAGACAGAUUUAGGAUCAGAUUUUGGUUCUUCUGCUCUUAUUCUACCUACCUAUCAAAAUUAUCACUACAUUAUGUUGAAUAAGUAUGGUUUAGUGGAAGAGAUCAGUGAAAAGUUAUAUAAUGAAAUUAUCUAACCUAUAUUAUGCAUUGAUAUAAAAACUAUUAAAUCUGUGGAUUGUCUCAAACUCAUACCGAGGUUAAUUAAAGCUUGGAAAUAACUCAAUCAAACUGAUGUUUUAGAAUAAGAACUCAAAAAUCCAUAUCAAUCUUAUAUGGUCAUUCCAAAGAAAAGAAAGAAAUAAAAAAUACUUUCAUCGUCUUGGGGGAAGGAGAAGACAACCAUUUAUGAAUUCUUAAAAGCGUAGGAUCAAGUUAACCAAAACUACUUUGACAAUUUUAAUUAGAUGUAUAUGUUUAGAAUUACAUUUAAAAUUGUUGAGUUUCACACAUUUUAGGAAACUAUUUAUUGUAUUGAAAUUUAAACUAUUAAACCUGUUCGUGAAUCACAAAGAAUUGAAAUAUUUGAUAAAUUAAUAGAAAAGUCAGAUUACAUAAAUCUGAGUAGAAAAAUAACUAAAUUAAGUCCAGAUAGAAUAGAAAUUAAGAAGAAGAAAUGCAGGAAGUUAGAAAUCACUAAUUAAAAGGAAUCGUUAGGUUUCAUAUCUUUUUAACAAGAACAACAAACAAUAUAUAAUUUGGAAACAUAAAAGUUAAUUGAAGAUGAUUAUAUGAUAAGAUAAAAGGAAAUGUAGAUUAUGUUGACUAAUCCUCAUUAUACUUUAGAAAUAGAAGAACACUAAAAUUAAGUAAGUCACCCAAACAGUCAAGAUAAGAGACUGUAGGAUUAGUAGACAUUUAGGAUGAAGUCUUCAGUGGCACAUAGCUUUGGUGCUUUGAAUCAUUUUGCCAGCAGUAACUCUAAUGGGAUUAGUUAAGCUUUUGGAUCUGAUUAGAAUAAACUAAUUGUACAUUCUAGUGCAAUAUUAGAAGCUUUAAAUGAAAAUAAGGAGUCAGUCAAAUCCAAGAAUUCUGAUGAACUCAUAGGAUCUAUUGAUAAUUUUCUAUUAGAUUAAGAUUAAAUGAAAUCCAUAUCUUCAUCAUAAAUCAGCGAUAUCAAAAUCAAGAAAACUUAAUUGAAACAUAACUUAUUUGAUGAAUAAACUAAACAGCAUUGGACUAUACGUAUAUUUAAUUUAAUUACUUUUUCUCUGCUCAUGAUUUUCAACAUAUACUAUUAUUAUGUUUUGAAUUAAGAAAAUAAGAUCAUUGAAUAGGCUCUUGAAACUUAUAAGGUAUCCAACAAUUUUUAAGUGUAGAUUAACAAAUUCAUUCUCGCUUUCAAUUAUUCAGACACAAAUAAAUUCAACUACACUCUAUACAUGAAAUUUUGUGCCAGUCGAUUUCAGAAUGACAUAUCUAAAUUCUAAUAUUAUUCACUAAAUAUUGAAUAGAAUGCAAUUCCCUAUCUCCAAAUCAGUGAAUUCGAAAAUAUAACAAAUAUCAAUAUGUUUUAUUCAUUAGGAUACUUCUCCUAAUAUUUACUCUCCUAAUCAGAUUCUUCAAAUUAAGAAUACUAUUUAGAAUUUAUAGCCAGAAAUUUCAUAACCAUAAUUUCCUCGAAUUCUGCAUUAAAUUCAACUAUCAUUGAUGAUGGUUAAGAUUAAUUUGUCAAAGCACAAUAAUAAUCAAAAAUAUCCUUUUAUUUGACAUUGAUAACCCUUUGUUUAGCAUUUUCAUUUUACCUACUCCUUUUAAUCAAUAUAAACAAAGCGAAAUUGAAGAUAGUGGAAUUAUUUAAUACCAUUUCGAAGGGUCAUAUAAACUCUUUAGUAGAACAGAUUUCUACAGUGGGAAAAUUCCUGGAGAAGAUUGACUUUAUCAAUGAAGAAACAACUGAACAUCAAUUUGAUCAACUAAAGUCGAAGAUUGCAUCUACUCCAGGAAUUAGAAUUAAGACUCCUCUAAGAAGAUAAUCGAUAAAAGUUAAAUUCAAUAAAUCUAAAGAAAAGACUGCUUUUACUUAUAUCAUUUAUUCAACAUUAUUAUUCUUAAGCUAUUUUAUUAUUUCUUCGUAGUACAUUGGUUCUCUAAUUUAUUAAAAUUCAUUUGAAGAACAAGCAAUAUAUUCUUUCGAGUAAUUACUUCUUUAUAAAUCAUCACAAUCAUAUUUAUUGUAACAGAAGAGCUUCUAGAAACUUCUAAUCAAAUACUUGCAAGUAGGAAAGGAAGAGAUGCUUUUUCUAAAUCAAUUGGAAGAAGCAUUAAAGUAUAUGGAAGAACAAUUUGAUAUUUUUUAAGGAUUCGUCUAAAGAUUGAACAAUUAAAAGUCCUUUUCAAAUUCAAUCUUUACAAAUGCCAUAAAGAAAAAUGGCUGUUAAGCCUUUGAGCUCACAAUAUCGAAUACAGUUGAAGACAGCUAAUUUUAUAAUGAGGUGAUUUGUAAAAGCUUUGAUAGUCUGACUUCAGGAUUAACAAUUUCAUUAGUCGCCAUCCAACAAAACAUUUAACAAUUUUACACUAUGCAGAAGUUAAAUGGGACUUAGUUUAAAUCAUAUUUGGCAUUUAUGGAUGUUAAUUCAACUUUAGAAAAUGAUAUUAUCAAUGUGCUUUAUACAUCUCAUGUACUAACUCUACUGCAUGAUUUCAUGGCUAAUUAAUAACAAUAAGAAAUAUCUUUGAAUCAUCUAGUGCACACUCUCAGAUUCAUUUAUGGAAUUAUACUUUAUCUAAUUUUGAUUAUAAUAAGUGACAAAAGUAUAAGAAGGUACUUACACAAAGAAUUAAUAAAAACUAAACAAUUAUUUUUAUUGAUACCUUUAGAAAUAUUGUGUGAGAAUUCAAAUGUAUUGUAAUAGUUGAUAAUAAGAAAUCAAAAAUGA